AUGGGCGUUAAGUGCCCCAAAAAGAAGAACCGCUGGGUGUAUCUCGGAAACGUGCUUGAAUCUAUCACGCCGGCCAUUAACGCGACCAACAUUACAUUUGCCCUGCUGCAGAACCGGUCUCUGCUGCUGGCGCAGCAAGAGGCCCACAUCAUGGUGCUUGUCGCCACGAUCAAAACCAUGUUCGAACUCAAAAUCAUUGAUCAGGACGAUGCCGACGCGGAGAAGGACGACCAUUCGUGCGAUGAGGCCGAGAAGACUGUCGUCCUGAAGCAGAUCGUGGCCUAUGCGGAGACGCUGGUGAUCGACCUGCAAGCCAUGAGGGCAGAGCGCGACGAGAACAACUUGCCGCGGGAGCUCGUGUCGCCACCAGUUCUACCUGAUGAGCUGAUCGGACUUCGGCCGGCCUACGUCAUUUGCGAUGUGCUGGACCCGCACCGUGAGCGUAUUCUACGCUACUGGUCUGCUGAGGACAUCGACCAGAUCGAGGAGGAUCAUCGCCAGCUGGUCGCCGCCUACAAGAACGGUCCCAUCCUGCGCUGUGCCAUCGACGGGCACUACGUCAAGACAACCUUUGACGACGACUGGGAUGUGACGCCUGGCAAAUAUCUGCGACUUCGCACGUUUUGCGGUGGACUGGCGACCGUCUUUCCGAUCACGACUUCGGUCGAAUCAUACUUUAUAUUCUGA